AUGCCUUCGGUGCCCACAAAGCUUCUCCUUUUACUCCUUUUGGUUCCUUCGUUGACUCCCUAUCAUUCUGGUUUGUCUUCCCAUCGUCUUAAACCUCUCCAAAAAUCUGAUUGGCGUGGUGCAGACUUUGAGAUUUCGGUUUCGAGUCCCACGCAAUGCUCUGGUGGCGUUAAGCAUUUAACGCAUGCUGGAUCUGAAGAAUCUCUGGAACCUGAUGGAGAUGAAACUGGUUAUAUAAACCAAACUUUGAAUGACGAGUCAGAUACGAAGAAUGAGCUAGAAUCAGCUAUUGAGGAUCUCGGCGAUUCCACUUUAGGUUAUGUACCUUCUUCCAAGUCUUCAGAUGAUGAAGACAAGGAUGAGAACCUUACUACUGUCACUGCACCAGUUGUUCUCAUCCCUGCAAUAAAAGGCAGCCGGGAGAAGCAUGGCUUGACACUGAGGAAGACUAGUGUUUCAUGGGCGGAUGACGUGUAUGAUCCUCCUCCCUCCAUAGCCUCGCACACAAGAAACAAGAAGCAGCAGCAGAAGUCAAAGAGCAAAGACAGCCACAAGAAGACCGGAAAGAAAGGACAGAAGGGCAAAGACAGCUCUUCCUCUCGUAGUGGCAAGGACAAGAAGCAAGCUUCUCGCAAACACAGUCGUGAGAAAUUUGAUUGGGUUACUCAGAUGCCUAUUGUUGCAGCAUCUUCUUGA